GCCACACAUUACAAUCAGCUGUCAGAAAGAAUUUAAUCACGUAAAAAACAAAAUUAUUUGUGUCUUUAGAUAAUUCCCGUCAAUAUGGCGGGGCAAAAUCCAGGAUCUCCAACUGAUUUUCAAUAUUUCUACGAGGAUGAAGUGUAUAAAAUCAACAAUCGCGGUCAAGUUGUCUUCGGCCUGGUUCUCGAAAACUAUGAAGCAAAUUCUAGCGAUCAAGAAAGUGACAUAGAAACUCCUAUCCAGAAAGGGGAGAUUCGUGUCGUAUGGCACCCUUCAGGCACUGAACGAGUGGUUUCAGAGAAGUCAGUUGGACUGGCAGACCGUUCGUUGAUGCCUGGCGAUGUCGUGCGACGUCUCAUAGCCGGCAAGGACACGCAGCGGGGCUACUGUCGCGAUAUCGAGAUGACAGCGGCCCUGCAAAUUGUUGGGACCAAACAUGUCAUUCCCAAUGUUGCAAGCGAGAGACUGCAGCCGUUGGAAGAGUUCACACCUGAUCUUGCUGUGUGCCUCGACUCGUGGGUUGGCACAUCUAAAGCUGUUCGCAGCAAGCUACGCCUAGUAUCUGCAGAUGGAUCUCGCUUAGAAUACCCUGACCUAGACACAUGUCCGCUGGAGGAUUAUUCAAUGCGCCGCCGUCGGGCCACACCCUACUCAUCAUCGGAGUUUUACCCGGGACAAGUGGUGUACGGUCCUUUGGGCUCGUUGGAUAAUGCCAAUUGGCUACACAUGACUAAGGAGAUGAAAGCUGCGCGCAAGCACAAGAUGCAUGAUCACAAGUUCACAGUGGAAGCUGUCAUCACAGAGAGUGUGAGCGUGCACUGGCAAUGUCGCGCUCUAUGCACCAACGCCGCCGACUCUGCGCAGCCGCAGCAACCAAAGUUCUUUGUUGAAGGCGAUGAUUUAAAGAGGUUAAAAUUACUCAAUGUCUUCGAACCUUGCACCCUACAAGCUGGAGAUAGAAACUUCCUCACCAUCGGACCAGAAGAUUCAUUUAUAAGCAAAAAACAGUGGCGGAAACAACAGAGUAAAUACUUCAGAAAUCUGCGGAAACAAACUCGUCCCACCAAAAAAUCUUCGAAAUCCGAUACAGCAUUGGAACACUUGCCGUCCAGACCAAAAAAGAGAGCAUCGUCACAUCGAAAACUCAAAGCUGGUGAAAAUGAUAUGGACAUAGACAAUGCAGAGGAAAAAUUAGAAUCUCUGGAUGAGGCACUCAAAGCAGAUGCAAGCUGUCCUCGCAUCAAGAUAGAGCCUAGCGGUGAUGUGGCUCUGCCAAUUACAAGCAGUCAGGAAGAUACAGCUGCGGAGGAGAAAAACGAUUCAGGGAUUAGUCCAGAACCUAUGAAGGAAGAUGGUAGCCUGCUCAAUGGAGACAGGACCAUGGAUCAACUGAAUGAUGACGAUUCAGACAACUGGGAGAAUACCAGUAGUGAUGGCAGUGACACAGAUAGCAGCGGCGCGACGUGGUCCUCGCGCUGCUCGUCGGGCGCGUCGGGGUCGGGGCGCGGCAAGCGGUCGCCGCAGCUGGCGGUGCGGCUGCUGCGCGGCAAGCGGCUGAAGCGGGCGCCGCGCCGCGCGCCGCCCGCGCCGCCGCCCCGCCGCAACGAGCGCGUCGUCGUCGAGACGCUGCACACCACCAGCCGCGCCAACGUCGUGUGGCAGGAUGGAACAAUUGAAAUGGGCAUACCAUCUACGCAGCUCUAUCCGAUUCACCAUCUGGACGGACAGGAGUGCUUCCCAGGAGAUUUCGUAGUCAACGGCGCUGCUAAUCGGGAAGAGAACAAUAUGAUUCACAGAGAGUACGGUGUAGUACAGCGCGUGGACCACCACGGGCGCACCGCCAUCGUGCACUGGUAUCGCACUUACACCAGCGCGGACGACCCUGUACCGCAAAUGCUGCACGAGAGCGAAAUGAGCGUGUACGACCUGAAGGACCACCCCGACUUCCAGUACCGACCUGGGACAGUUGUCAUCAGGGUUGCCAACUUCACUGGCGAAGACGCAAAUUGUACUGCUGGACAGGUGAUAGACAAUUUUCCGUCGGGUCGCGUGAAGGUCUGGUGGGUUGAUGGACAUACAAGCAUGUGUUGGCCACAGGAUCUGUAUAAAGUGGGCGAAUACGACUCGGAGGACGGCGAGCUGUGGGGCUCGGACGGGUCGGCGUCGGAGGACUCGUGGGAGACGCAGAGCUCGGCGCACGACGCGGACGCGCGCACGCCCGACGCGCCCGCCACGCCCGGCGACCACCUGCCGCCCGCCAUGGUGUGCAGCGCCAAGGAGGAGGCGGGCGCGGGCCCCGGCGGCGCGGUGCCGCGGCUGCUGGAGCCGCGCGUCGCGGCGCACAUCGAGCGCGGCCGCGUCGCCAUGCGCCGCCUCGAGCGCAUGUUCGCGGAGCACCCCGCGCUGCAGAGCCAGGAGAUAAUGCGAAAACUAUUAAACCUCUACAAAGACUGCCGCUUUUUAGAUCGGUUGAUGGGCACAACGUUCUUUCAUGAAGAUCACUUCUUAGGGCUGAUCGAGCGCGUGAAGGAGCGCGGCGCGAGCACGCCGCGCGCGGGCGAGCGGCGCGUGCACGAGCAGCUCGCGCGGCUGUUCGCGAGCGAGGCGGGCGCCGCCGGGGCGACGGGGGCCGCGGGGGCCGCGCCCGCGCUGCCGCCCGACGACAUGUUCGCGGCGGAGCGCGGCCGCCCCGUCGCCGCCGCCAACGUCGCCGUCGAGCCCAUGGAGGUGGAUUUGGCGAAGGAACCUCAAACCUUUAACUUGGACUCGGUGCAGGCAUCGAGUUCCGAUACAAGUGUUCAACCAGACAAUACCUCGGAAAAUGAUAAUGCGUCAACAAAGAUGGCGGACGCCGACGCGCCGACACGCAACGUGUGCUACAAAUUGUGUUCCCUCAUACACGCGCAACUGGUGAAGGCGCACGCUGAAGUCAGCCGGAGAAGGCCUCAACAGUUGGCCGAAUUCCUAAACAGCUUAAUGGAAAAGCAAAAUACGAGCGAAGAGAAGUUACCCUACCACUUUUCAGUUCAAUACGGAGCUCUCGUAAUUUGUAUGACGGAUGAUGUGGAAAAGGAAGAAGAGGAGAAGAAAGACAACGACAAUAAAGAUGCCGCUACCACGAAGUCUGAUGGUUCAGCGGCGGACACGGCACCGCUAGCGACCGCCGAGGGCGACAUAGACGCGGAGGCGCUCGGCGACAGCGAGUCCGCGGACGGCGGGGAGGGGUUCUGCGUGCUCGAGUCGGCGCCCACGAACCACCGCUUCCGCCUCUCCAUACUGCAGCCCAGCGAGCCCAGGAGCUUCUACUCGGCCGUUAAGCGGGAGAUCAAGCUGCUGAAGAGCGACCUGCCGCCCGGGGUGUGGGUGCGCGGCUACGAGGACCGCAUCGACCUGCUGUCGGUGAUGAUAGCGGGCCCGGCGCGCACGCCGUACGAGGGCGGGCUGUUCGUGUUCGACGUGCAGCUCGGCGGCGAGUACCCGCGCGCGCCGCCGCUCUGCCACUACCACUCGUACUGCAGCGACCGCCUCAACCCCAACCUGUACGAGGACGGCAAGGUGUGCGUGUCCCUGCUGGGCACGUGGUCGGGGCGCGGCGUGGAGGUGUGGGGCAAGGACAGCUCGCUGCUGCAGGUGAUCGUGUCGCUGCAGGGUCUCAUACUCAACGCGGAGCCCUACUUCAACGAGGCCGGCUAUGAGAAGCAGAAGGGCACCCAGCAGGGCAAGGAGAACUCGCGCAUGUACAACGAGAUGGUGCUGCUGAAGCUGGUGCAGUCGAUGACGCGCAUGGCGCUCAGCCCGCCCGAACCGUUUGGCGACGAGGUGGUGCAGCACCUGCGCGGCUCCGGCGCCGCGCUGUGCCGCCGGCUCGAGGGGCUGGCGGCGCUGUCGGCCCCGCGCGACCCCGCCGACCCCGCCAGCCCCGCCGGCGCCGCGCCCGCCGACCCCGUCGACCCCCCGGACUACCCGCUGGUGCCGGCGUCGCGCGGCUUCUGCCUCACGCUGCGCUCGUCGCUCGACUCGUUCCGCGCGGCGCUGCGCAAGCUCGACGUGCAGUUAUAGCCUUAGCGUCCGCCCGCCCUCCUCCCCCCCGCGCUCUCCGCUGCGGACGCGUGCUCGUAGGGCGCCCCCCCCCCUGCCCUCUCUGCGCGCUCUCGUCUAGUCUGGAUACGUUUGGUUUUGAUGCCGCUCGCCUCGGUUGGCGGCAGUUUUGGACAGCGAUCACAUCAGUUGCUGGAUAGGUCAUUCGAUUAACUGUAAUAGAUUCAAAUGUUGUGUUGUUAGAUAACAAUAAAGUAGUUCCUUGGUCACGUUUUAUUUCACUUUGUUGAAUUCAUUUAAAACGAUAACAUGACAGGUCGACGGCACGUGUCCGCGCGAGCGAGCGGCGGCCGACUCGCACACUCACAGUCGCGCCGGUCUCGUAUAGUUAUAGAAUUUAUUGUGAUUCGAUUAGAUCUUAGACGUUCGCGGCGAUCUAGUUUAUUAUUUCGAAAUUUAUAUUCCAAUUUUAUUAAUCUCGAGCAUUAUUAGCGUGCAUGCCCUCUGUCUUUCAUAUCCACGACGAUAUGGACUGUACAGCUGUUACUCAUAAUGUAUUUAUUGUAUGAAAUUCUGGAAUGUUCGAUCCUAUGCUAAUAUGAUUAGACUAUUAUUAUAGAUAUUGAAUUUAAUUAAUAUUUAUUUCGUUUAAUGUAACGUAUGUUGAAGCGAUGCGUACUUACUGAGGUUUCAUACGAUUUUGCUAAAAUCGAAUUUGUUACACGACUGCCGUGGAACGUGCUGUUUUGUGAAUUUUGUUCGCGAGUUAAUUCGCUUGAUAAUGUAAAACAGUUAUUUUCACCGUCGCGUUGUUAUUUAUGAUAAUAAUUAUUAUUAUAUUUACAAUAUGAUUUUUUUAAUGUACGCUCGGUGUUAAAAAUAUUUGCACAAUUUUAGAGAGGUGGUUUUAUUUCCUGCAGUGCGUGACACGUUUGCAAACUAUUGCUUGUUCGUUUAACGGUGUAAUAUAGCUAUGUAAUACACGAAUCGUAUCAAUAUAAUGUAUCUAGACAAAGAAGUACAUAAUGAACCAGUAGUGAUAAAUAUUGCAAAUGCAUUUUUAACACCAGUUAGGUUAUUAUACGUGAAUUUUCAAUCGCCCAUAUUUUGUUAUUAGCUGAUGUAUGAAAUGAGUCUCUUGAAUGUUAAUUUAUGUAUGUGUACGAAUAUAAAUUGCUAACUUUUUUUAUGUAAUUAUAGUUUUUAUUUCGUUUGUGAUGCAAGUUAUUUAUAUUUUAAUAAUGAAAUGAGAAAAUGCGCCGUCUGUUACACUCCACUGUAGUUCGCGAUAUUAUCGCUUUUGUUACCAGUUUAUAUGCAGGGGCCCGUUAUGGCAACUGAUGAUUUUGGAAUGUUAAUAAAUAUAAACAACUGAUUGGGAGUUUUUUUUUCCAAAUUUGAAUAAAUUUGCAUGUGGACAAAUCUGUUAUAUUGUCGUCAGAAACUGUAACAAUUGUAUAUGUAUUUUCGAAUUUAUUGUAAGUCAUUCAAUCGUCAUAACGGCCAUUUACGGAUUAUUUGUUAAGGAAUUGUAAACGGUCCUCUACACUAAGUGAACCAGUGAUUUUAUUUUUGUCUAAAUUGCGGUUUUUACAUUUAGAAAUUUGUAUGUUUUUUUGAGAUUAUCCUUAUUUCCAAUAGUAACGCUUAUAGUAUCGGCGAGUGUUAGCGCCGGCCCGCGGCGCCGGCUUGCACAAAAAUGAUGUAAUUCAUGCCAAAGUCAAUUGAGCUAUGAAAGGCUUCGGUCGCUUGUGUACGCGAUAAGUGACAAUUAUAAAAUAAAUGAUUCUUCAACUUCA